AUGACAGUUUCUGAUGGUCGAGAGUUGGACGAAGCAUGUCCAAGUUUUUAUGGCUACAUUGCACUUCCGGACACCGACCACGAUAAGGACGACCUGAGCAACUCUGGUUCCGCUGCAGCAGCUGCUACCGACUGUGCAAAGUUGCCAGCAUGUCUAGGCUUCAAUGCCAACGGCUGGAUGAAGUCCUCUGUGGCCCCAUUAAGAACUGUUACUUCAAUUUGUUUUUAUACAAAAAUUCCAGGCGCAACCACUAUGACGACGGGUGAUCGCGUUAAGUCCGCGUUAGCUCGCGUUAGUUCGCGUAACGGUGCGAAUCUUAGCGUUAGGUGCGAAUGA